AUAAUUAAUAUUUUUACUAGUUUUAAAUUUGCGAAAACAUUAAUGUAUGCCUGGGAUUAGUGUUAAAGACGUUAAUCAACACGAUUUCGUAAAGGCGUUAGCCGCUUUUAUAAAAAAAAAUGGCAAAUUAAAGGUUCCAGACUGGACAGAUGUUGUCAAGUUGGGUGUGCACAAGGAACUGGCUCCAUAUGAUGAAGAUUGGUUCUACACCAGAACUGCCUCGAUCGCUCGCCACAUGUACAUCAGAUCACCUGUUGGAGUUGGAGGACUAACAAAAAUUUAUGGAGGUCGCAAAAACAAUGGCACUCGUCCCUCGCAUUUUGUCAGGGGGUCCAGUUCUGUUGCCAGGAAAGCUGUGCAAGCUUUGGAAGGUCUCAAAUGGGUUGAAAAGGAUGCCAAUGGUGGCCGCAGGCUAACAGCAGCAGGAAGGAGAGAUUUGGACCGCAUAGCUGUCAAGUUGGCUGCUGAAAGUUCCUCUGCAUCUAAAAUUCAAUAAUUAGACAUGACGCUAAUUUUGUUGAAUCUUCAAUAAAAUAAAUUAACAGUUC